UAGUACAUCGAGCAUCUCAGUAGACGGUGUGGCGGUUCAGUUGGGGAAUAUUGACAGAAAAACCGUGAACCCCAACUAAUAAAAAAGGACUUUUGCAUUCUCCAGGACACCGGGGAGACCAUGCUGAACGCCAGGACUUUCCGGGCGUCCCUGCUGGUGGUUUUACUGCAAAUAGUCCUUAUCUGCUCCGCUCAGAGGGGCCCGCCUGGUCCGAGAGGGCCACCUGGCCCUCCAGGACUUGUUGGCUUUCCUGGUGUCGAUGGCAUCGAUGGAGAAAGGGGUCCAGGGCCUGGACCAGAUGGCCCUCCAGGCCCGGAUGGAGAUGAUGGGAAAAACGGGGCUAAUGGACUACCAGGAAGCCCAGGAGCAGAUGGUUUGACUGGACCUAUUGGAGAUCAUGGUCCAGUUGGUCCUAUUGGGCCAAAAGGUGAACCUGGUGCACCUGGGCCUAGAGGAAGACCUGGUGUUGGAGAGGAUGGAGAAGCUGGUGCGGAUGGAGAGGAUGGACUGCCAGGAGAAUUAGGCAAAGCAGGACCUCCAGGAAGCCGUGGGCUGAGAGGGCCAGUGGGUCUUCCAGGACUAGCUGGGCCAAGAGGUCCCCCUGGGGUUUGGAAUGGUGAGGAAUUGUGUCCGAAUGCCUGCAGAAGUGGACUUUCAGGCUAUAGUGGACUACCAGGUAUGAAGGGCCACAAAGGUGUCAAAGGUGAAUCUGGCGAACCAGGAAGACAAGGCCAUAAGGGUGAAGAGGGAGACCAGGGAGACCCUGGAGAUCCUGGAGCACAAGGACCACCGGGUCCACAGGGACUGAGGGGAAUAACCGGCAUUAUGGGUUCUAAAGGUGAUAGGGGUUCUCGUGGGUUAGAUGGAAACGUGGGUCCUCAAGGGAUUGAAGGCGCCCCUGGUGAUCGAGGGCAAAGAGGAAAAGUGGGCGAGACUGGACCAAAAGGAACUCAAGGACCUCGGGGACUUCAAGGCAUUAUAGGCUUACCUGGAUCUAAAGGAGAAGCUGGUUUACCAGGAGUGGAUGCUCGUGAUGGCAUCCCAGGAAUGCCAGGGGUUAAGGGUAUCACUGGAAAAGUGGGCUCCCCUGGCGAUGUCGGCCCUCAAGGCCUCCCAGGUUUGCCAGGUAUUCCAGGGGCAAAGGGCCAUAGUGGACCGAAGGGAAAAUCUGGCGAUCCAGGUGUGGCAGGACCGAUUGGGAACAAUGGAAAAACAGGAGAACGUGGUGAACAGGGAGAGGUGGGACCAGUAGGACCAAGAGGUGGGCCAGGUGAGAGAGGAGAGAGGGGUCCAGAUGGGCCUCAAGGACAGCCAGGUCCAAGGGGACCUAAAGGAAAUCUUGGCCUACCUGGUCUUCCUGGACCAGCUGGUUUUUCUGGUCAGAAAGGCGACAGGGGAGCAGUUGGUCUCACUGGUCCAAAAGGCGAGCAAGGACCAGCUGGUGAGGAGGGUACCCCAGGAGAGAAAGGAGACGUAGGUGAUGAGGGAGAACCAGGCGAGAAAGGAUCGACAGGAAAACCAGGUGACACAGGAAACAGAGGGCCAGAGGGGGCGCGUGGGCAGCCUGGGCUUGAGGGCCCGCUGGGCGAGCCGGGUCCAAGAGGCAUGCAGGGAGACCGUGGUGCACCUGGUUUAGUUGGAGCACAAGGAAGACCAGGUCGAGGACCAACAGAUCAACACAUCAAGCAGGUCUGCAUGAGGGUAAUGCAAGAGCAGCUUGCUCAGCUUGCAGCCAGUCUGAGGAGGCCAGAGUCCGGCAUUGCUGGACUGCCAGGUCCUCCUGGCCCUCCUGGACCCCAAGGGCCUGCUGGAGAAAACGGCUUCCCAGGACACCCUGGAGCAAGAGGGUUACCAGGGCUUAAAGGACCUCCUGGCCUUCUGGGACAUAAAGGACCUAAAGGUGACACAGGAGACAGGGGAGACAGAGGGCCUACAGUACAAGGGCCUAAAGGCAUACCUGGACCUCCAGGACUUCCAGGUGAGCCUGGCCAGCCAGCAUAUGGCAGCGAUGGUCGUGACGGUAUGAGAGGGCCUCGUGGUGUACCUGGAAUACCUGGAGUUCCAGGACCUCCUGGCCCUCCUGGCCUUAAUGGAUACUGUGAGUCAUCCCAGUGUGUUCUCCAGGCCAUCGCUGCACCACAGUAUGCCAAAGAGUCCAACAUGAAGGGACCAGACAGCUUUUAAGAGAACACAUGAUUAUACAUCGGCUGCAAACUUGAGACCACAAUCUGCAGCCAUGAAAAGUUCAAAGACUAAGGGAGAGAACCGUUUUCAGCAAGGUUUUUUUUGCAGGGGUAUGCUACGCAGUUCAUUGCCACCAUGACCGCGUGACUCGUGUCCAUAUUGCAUUCAACACUG